UCCUUUUCCUUCUCAUCCAUUUCCUCCCUUUUUUCUCCUGUUCAGUAACAGAUAGAGACACUUGCUAACUUACUCACCCAUAAAAACAUCACCUGAAUUUCUAGCGAAGCCGGAGCUGCUUUUGAUCUAGGGUUUUCAGAUUCAGUUCUAUAUAAUUCUUCAUUUCCUUCGUUUCUGUUCGGAUCGGGAGCCUGUUUGGGAGAUCCGAUUGCUUCUACUGCUUUGGCUCGAGAUCCGGGCCAAGCACAGAAGUGUCGGAUUCGGGCCUUAGAUUGAAUCCUCCUCAAGUUUGCAGUGGCUAUAGAAGUGGCAAAGUGGAAAUGGCGUCUGGUGAGGGAUUUCUGACGGAUGAGCAGAGGGAAAUGUUGAAAAUAGCAAGUCUAAAUGUGGAUAAUUUGUCAUCAUCCCCAAAGACUUUGUCAUCCUCUCCGAGAUCCCCAUCAAUGUUGCUUUCUGAGCAUCAGUUAAAAGUUCCUGCUGCUGGCAAGGCACCCACUGCUGGGAUUGCGGUGAGGCAUGUACGAAGGUCACACUCGGGCAAGUUUGUGCGUGUGAAGAAGGAUGGUGGUGGUGGUAAGGGCACAUGGGGGAAGCUGCUUGAUACUGGUGGUGAAUCCCAUAUUGAUCGGAAUGAUCCUAACUAUGACAGUGGAGAGGAGCCAUACCAACUUGUGGGGGCAACUAUCUCAGACCCUUUAGAUGAGUACAAGAAGGCUGUUGUCUCCAUAAUAGAGGAGUAUUUUAGUACUGGUGAUGUGGAGGUGGCAACAUCUGAUCUUAGAGAACUUGGUUCAAGGGAAUAUCAUCCUUAUUUUAUCAAGCGGCUUGUUUCCAUGGCCAUGGACAGGCAUGAUAAGGAGAAGGAAAUGGCUUCUGUUCUGCUUUCUGCACUAUAUGCUGAUGUGAUCAGCCCAUCCCAGAUUAGGGAUGGAUUUGUCAUACUUCUUGAGUCCGCCGAUGAUCUUGCAGUAGACAUAUUAGAUGCAGUUGAUAUCCUUGCUUUAUUCAUAGCACGUGCUGUGGUUGAUGAUAUCCUUCCCCCAGCUUUCCUCACUAGGGCAAAGAAGACCCUUCCAGAGUCAUCAAAGGGAUUUCAGGUUCUCAAAACAGCUGAGAAGAGCUAUCUCUCAGCCCCACACCAUGCAGAACUUGUAGAAAGGAGGUGGGGUGGUAGCACUCACAUCACUGUUGAGGAAGUAAAGAAAAAGAUAGCUGAUCUAUUGAGGGAAUAUGUGGAAAAUGGGGAUGCUUUUGAGGCAUGUAGGUGCAUAAGGGAAUUGGGGGUUUCUUUUUUUCAUCAUGAGGUUGUCAAGAGGGCUUUAAUUCUUGCCAUGGAGAUUCGGACUGCUGAAUUGCUUAUAUUAAAGCUAUUAAAGGAGGCUUCUGAGGAAGGCUUAAUAAGUUCCAGUCAAAUGGUGAAGGGUUUUGCUCGGCUAACAGAGAGCCUUGAUGACCUUGCUCUCGACAUUCCAUCUGCAAAAACCUUGUUUCAGUCCCUUGUUGCCAAGGCUAUAUCUGAGGGAUGGCUAGAUGCUUCAUUCUUGAAGCCCUCUAGUGAAGAUAGACAGGUACUUGCUAAAGACAAAAAGUUGAUACAAUAUAAGGAGGAGAUUGUGACGAUAAUUCAUGAGUAUUUUCUGUCAGAUGACAUUCCUGAACUAAUCCGAAGUCUGGAAGAUCUUGGCAUGCCGGAGUUUAACCCAAUUUUCCUGAAAAAACUCAUUACCCUAGCUAUGGAUAGGAAAAACAGGGAGAAGGAAAUGGCAUCUGUUUUGCUCUCAGCUCUUCACAUUGAGAUUUUUUCAACUGAAGAUAUAGUUAAUGGAUUUGUCAUUCUUCUGGAAUCUGCAGAAGAUACAGCACUUGACAUUUUGGACGCUUCAAAUGAACUUGCUCUUUUUUUGGCUAGGGCUGUAAUUGAUGAUGUCUUGGUUCCAUUGAAUCUGGAGGAGAUCAGCGGAAAAUUGCCUCCAAACUGCAGCGGGAGUGAGACUGUGCAUAUGGCUCGAUCACUUAUUGCUGCUCGUCAUGCAGGCGAGAGGAUCUUGAGAUGUUGGGGUGGUGGGACUGGUUGGGCUGUGGAAGAUGCAAAGGACAAGAUACAGAAGCUAUUAGAGGAGUAUGAAAGUGGGGGUGUUGUCAGUGAAGCUUGCCAAUGCAUCCGCGAUCUUGGGAUGCCUUUCUUUAACCAUGAGGUGGUGAAGAAGGCAUUGGUUAUGGCUAUGGAGAAGAAGAAUGACAGGAUGCUUGACCUGCUACAGGAGUGUUUCAAUGAAGGGCUUAUUACUAUCAAUCAGAUGACCAAAGGCUUCACCCGCAUAAAGGAUGGACUUGAUGAUCUGGCUCUUGACAUUCCAAAUGCAAAGGAGAAAUUCAGUUCGUAUGUGGAGUAUGCCUGUAAGAAGGGGUGGCUCCAAGCUUGUUUUGGGUGAUCUGUUGCAGAUGCACCCUCAAACCUGGCUGCAGCCACCUGAGACAAACAUACAUCUGUUAGUUUCUCUCAUGUCUGUGUUGAUCAGUACCUCUUUUGUACUGUUCAAUCGUCUCUGUGCUUCACAGCUGGAUGGAUAGAUAUGGGAUGUUUUCGUUUAAUUUUUUUUUUCCCUUCAUUUUCCUCCCCCUAGUGGUCAUCUGAUGGAGAUUCUUGUGAUCCCAACCAAUGUAUAAAAGUUGGUUCGUCGUUAUUGCUAUUUAAUAUUAACGUUAGCUUUAGGAGUAUGCUGUGUGAAGGAAAGUAUGCUGAAGAGGGAAUGGAUCAUGAUGCUGUUAUUACAUGCAAUAUGAUGUUUAGGAUGGUAAUAGUUUCUUUUUCCCUACACAAGUAUUAUUUUCAUUUUGC